GCCUCCCUCCCUCCUCGGCUCCACGGUGGCGACCUGCUCCGGGGCUGAAGGAGGCGCGGCGGGGAUGGAGUGACCGGCCGGGGAAGAUGUUUGUGAAUUCUACUGUGCGAUCAGGGGGCAAGCCUAAUAAGAUUCAAGAGCUCAGAGUAUAGCAGCAGGCAUGGAUGAACAAGCUCUCUUAGGGCUAAAUCCAAAUGCUGAUGCAGACUUCAGACAAAGGGCAUUGGCCUAUUUUGAACAGUUAAAGAUUUCCCCAGAUGCCUGGCAGGUGUGUGCAGAAGCUCUCGCCCAAAGGACAUACAGUGAUGAUCACGUCAAGUUCUUCUGCUUUCAGGUUCUAGAACAUCAAAUAAAAUUCAAGUACUCAGAACUCACUGCAGCUCAACAACAGCUAAUUAGGGAAACUCUUAUAACUUGGCUACAAGCUCAGAUGCUGCAUCCCCAGCCAGAGAAGACUUUCAUUCGAAACAAAGCGGCACAAGUCUUUGCAUUACUCUUCGUUACAGAGUAUCUCACUAAAUGGCCCAAGUAUUUUUUUGAUAUUCUAUCAGUAGUGGACCUUAACCCAAGAGGAGUAGAUUUAUACCUCAGAAUCCUCAUGGCUAUUGAUGCAGAAUUGGUAGAUCGAGAUGUAGUUCAUACAUCUGAGGAGGCCCGUAGAAAUACAUUAAUAAAAGAUACCAUGAGGGAGCAGUGCAUUCCAAAUCUGGUGGAAUCAUGGUACCAAAUCUUACAAAAUUAUCAGUAUACUAAUUCAGAGGUAACAUGCCAGUGCCUUGAAGUAGUUGGGGCCUAUGUCUCAUGGAUAGACUUGACCCUGAUAGCCAAUGAUAGGUUUAUAAAUAUGCUGCUAGGUCAUAUGUCCAUAGAAGUUCUCCGUGAGGAAGCAUGUGACUGUUUGUUUGAAAUUGUAAAUAAGGGAAUGGACCCAAUUGAUAAAAUGAAACUAGUGGAAUCCUUAUGUCAAGUGUUACAGUCUGCAGGGUUUUUCAGCAUUGAACAGGAAGAAGAUGUGGACUUCUUAGCCAGAUUUUCUAAGCUAGUAAAUGGAAUGGGGCAGUCAUUGAUAGUCAGCUGGACUAAACUGAUUAAGAAUGGGGAUAUGAAAAAUGCUCAAGAGGCACUACAGGCUAUUGAAACAAAAGUGGCUCUAAUGUUACAGCUACUAAUUCAUGAGGAUGAUGAUAUCUCCUCUAACAUUAUUGGAUUUUGUUAUGAUUACCUUCACAUUUUGAAACAGCUCACAGUGCUCUCUGAUCAACAAAAAGCUAAUGUAGAGGCAAUCAUGUUGGCCGUUAUGAAAAAAUUGACAUAUGAUGAAGAAUAUAACUUUGAAAAUGAGGGUGAAGAUGAAGCUAUGUUUGUAGAAUAUAGAAAACAACUGAAAUUAUUGUUGGAUCGGCUUGCUCAAGUCUCACCAGAGUUAUUGCUGGCUUCUGUUCGUAGAGUUUUUAGCACUACGCUACAGAAUUGGCAAGCUACAAGGUUUAUGGAAGUCGAAGUAGCAAUAAGAUUGCUAUAUAUGUUGGCAGAAGCUCUACCAGUUUCUCAUGGUGCCCACUUCUCAGGUGAUGUUUCAAAAGCUACUGCUUUGCAAGAUAUGAUACGAACCUUGGUAACAUCUGGUGUCAGUGCCUAUCAACAUACAUCAGUGACAUUAGAGUUUUUUGAAACCAUAGUCCGAUAUGAAAAGUUUUUUGCCGUUGAACCCCAACACAUUCCUUGUGUUCUAAUGGCAUUCUUAGACCAGAGAGGUCUGCGCCAUUCUAGUCCAAAAGUACGGAGCAGAACUGCUUAUCUCUUCUCCAGAUUUGUCAAGUCCCUCAAUAAACAAAUGAAUGCUUUCAUUGAGGACAUUUUGAAUAGAAUACAAGACCUGUUGGAGCUUUCUCCACCUGAAAAUGGUUACCAGUCUUUGCUGAGCAGUGAUGAUCAGCUUUUUAUUUAUGAGACCGCAGGAGUGCUAAUUGUGAAUAGUGACUACCCAGCAGAAAGAAAACAGGCUUUAAUGAGGAAUCUGUUGACUCCAUUAAUGGAAAAGUUUAAAAUUUUGUUAGAAAAAUUGAUGCUGGCACAAGAUGAAGAAAGGCAGGCAGCCCUAGCAGACUGUCUCAAUCAUGCUGUUGGGUUUGCCAGCCGAACAAGUAAAGCUUUCAGCAACAAACAGACUGUGAAACAGUGUGGCUGUUCUGAGGUUUAUUUGGACUGUUUACAGACAUUUCUGCCAGCCCUCAGCUGUCCUUUACAGAAGGAGAUUCUCAGAAGUGGUGUGCGCACUUUUCUUCAUCGAAUGAUCAUUUGUUUGGAGGAAGAGGUUCUUCCCUUCAUCCCUUCUGCCUCAGAACACAUGCUUAAAGACUGUGAAGCUAAAGACCUUCAGGAAUUCAUUCCUCUCAUCAAUCAGAUUACAGCUAAAUUCAAAGCACAGGUGUCACCAUUUUUACAGCAAAUGUUCAUGCCCUUACUUCAUGCCAUUUUUGAAGUAUUGCUUCGCCCCGCAGAAGAAAAUGACCAAUCUGCCGCUUUGGAAAAACAGAUGUUGAGGAGGAGUUACUUCGCUUUCCUGCAGACAGUUACAGGCAGUGGAAUGAGUGAAGUUAUAGCAAAUCAGGGUGCAGAGAAUGUUGAACGAGUAUUGGUGACUGUCAUUCAAGGUGCAGUAGAAUAUCCAGAUCCUAUUGCCCAGAAAACAUGUUUUAUCAUCCUCUCAAAGCUUGUGGACCUCUGGGGGGGCAAAGAUGGACCAGUAGGAUUUGCUGAUUUUGUCUACAAACACAUUGUUCCUGCAUGUUUCUUGGCACCUUUAAAACAAACUUUUGACUUGGCAGAUGCCCAGACAGUUUUGGCUUUAUCUGAGUGUGCAGUUACUCUAAAAACAAUUCAUCUCAAAAGGGGCCCAGAAUGUAUUCAGUAUCUUCAGCAAGAAUACCUCCCUUCUCUACAGGUAGCUCCUGAAAUAAUACAGGAAUUCUGUCAAGCCCUUCAGCAGCCUGAUGCUAAAGUGUUUAAAAAUUACUUAAAGGUGUUCUUUCAGAGAGCAAAGCCCUAAGGAUCACACUGGAAAUCCUUGUACCAAUUUCCAUGAUCAAGAACUCCAGUUAAUAAUUUAUACAAAUGGUAUUUUUUUUGUGCCAUUAAUACUGGUGGAUCUUUUUAAAGUUGCUUUGUGCUUAUUGCAAUAUGUAUUUUAGCAUUUUUCUGUAAAAAAUGAGAUGACUGAGUUGGCUUAAAUACAGGUAUGGAACAACAUGAAUAAGUUGACCUGCAUGCCUACUCAGAGAUUGUUGUAUAGAAAAAAAAAAAAUUGCUGUAAAAAUUACAGCAAAGCUGUCAUGGUCUCUUUUAUUUUUUAUUUGAAAUUUAAUUGAAGUCUUUAAAGACCAUAGCAGUGAUUAAGCAAUGUAUAUUCUAAAAAGAAUUAUCGACUAUAACACGUUCAACACAAUUUAAUUUUCCCUCAUGUAUGCCAAUAUUAAAAUGUGGAAGAAAAAAAUCAAAACUGAUUUUUUUGUAGAUAGCCAUGACAUUUCUUUAAGCUGUUUUAAUGCUAACAUGUGUUUCCUACAGAACACAGUGAUUUCAUAAAUUAAUUGAUUUAAAAGUAGGUGCUGGUUAUACAUUUUUAUAUAAAAAAAAUAAAUUUUAUGUAGUGAAUUCAGCCAAGUUUUUCUUUUACGUCAUUGUUCAUACUUUAUAUUAGCCAUAUUUUUCCCAAAAUAUUCAUAAUGUUAGCAGGAAGGAAGGGGGAGAAAGAGAUGGUGAUUUGUGGGGAAAGACUCCAGUCUUAGUAUCCAGGUAUGGGUUCAGAUCUUGGCUCUGUUCCUGCCAUCUGCUCUUAAUGGUGCAACUUAAACCUGUCAGUUAGGAUGAUUUUUUACUAUCAACCUCAAAAGGUAGGGUUGUUUUGAGGAAAGCAAUAAACUAUAAAGUGGUUUUGUAGAUGUGAACUCUUGGAAUUAGUGUCCCUCCAUACUUAGGAAUUCUUUUCCCAAAAAUUUAUGUAUAUUUAUGUAUAUUAUGUAUAUUUAUACAUAUAUGUAUAUCUAUUUGGCAAAAUUUUAAGCACUACAGGUUUUUCUAAAUUUUAUUUGUAAAGCUAACCCUAUUUUAAUUUAGCUCCAUCUUUUUUGGCAUAGGAUUUUGGUCAAGGUAGGCCACGCUGGCAUUUUCAUUUUGUUCAUAUGUCUUCAAGGGAGCAAUGAUCCAAGAAAUACAAGAAGCAUUUUUCCCCCCCACAUGGCAAUCUUUUCAACCAAACCUCCUUCAAUUACCCUGAAAUGAAUGAUCACAGCCAUCCAAAAUUAAAACUCUCAGCCUUCACAUUUUUGUGUCAUUUCUCCCACUCUUCUUCCAUCAUUUGUACCAGAACUUUCUGCUUCUCAUGUCAGACUUGUGGUUUUUUGUAUGAGUGGGAAGAACAGGGGAUGAAGUCAGGAAGGGAAAGAAGCAAUUGUGUUCACAAGUGUGGACUGUUUCACAUCCCCAGCCCCCAACUAAGUACCUCUGCUUUUCCUUUCUUCAGAAUGUCAAGAGGAUGUCUAAGCAAAAUGUUAGCAUUUGGGGCAGGAGCUCUAAAUUUAAAUCACAUCACUCUACCAAAACAAAUAUAUCCCAGGGUGCUGAAAGAAAGCUCAGAUGCAUUGAGCUGAUUUUGGUUGUUGAGUUGAUUUUUGUAAUCUUGGAAGAAUUGAAUAUAGAUUAAUAUAGAAUUAAUAUAGAAGAAUUGAGUAUAGAUUAAGCUCCAGAUAAUCACCCAGGUACAUUCUUUGCCAGGCUGUAUACCUGGCACUGGGCAUAUGAGACAAAAAUAGUUCCUGCCUUCAUAUAUAUAAUAGGUAGAGACACAGUGUGAAGGGGGUGCAUCCAAAAAGGCUUCAUAGAAGAUAACACAAACUGAACCUUGAAGAAAAUUAAGGAUGUUAACAAAUGCAGGCAGUGAUAGAUUAUUAUGUCUGAAGUCAAAUUAAUUUUACUGGUUUUAAAUUCACACACUGGCUGUGUGACCUGGGCAAGUCAACUUGACCCUGUUUGCCUCAAGUUUCCUCAUCUGUAAAAUGAACUGAAUAAAGAAAUGGCAAAUCACUCUAUCUCUGCCAAGAAAACAUCAAAUUAGGUCAUGAAGAGUCAGACCAAACUGAAAAAAAUGACUAACAAGAAUAAUGUAGGUGAGAGAUGAGGAAGACCUCAAAAUGAGUGGUAAUGAAGUGAAAACAGAAAGGGAUGGAUUCCAAGUCGAUAUAGAAACUGAGGAUGACACCAUUGCUGUGAAUUUGAGUAACUGGAAGGAUGAUAACCACCUUGCCACAAAUAGGAAAGUUGUGAGUUGAGGGGAAAAGAUAAUGAACUUGAUAUUGGACACAUUGACACAUUGAAUUUGCAAUGUCUACAGGCUGUCUGGUUUAGUUGUCGUGGAGAUUGGAUUUUGGGAAAAGAAAAGAAACUAUGGCUGGAAAUGGAGUUCUGGGAGUCCAUCAGCAUAAAGACAAUUAGUAAAUUUAUGGAAGCUUAAUGAGCUUAGUGAGCAUAGGGACAGUAAAGAAAGAAGACCCAGGGCAGCCAGGAAGUGUAAACCGAAUAAGGUUUUUUUUUAAGGGGCUCUUUGUGUAACCCUGGAUUUACUUGAACAUCCUUCCUCCCUCCCUUUCCCCCCAAGAGUCCUUUUCUUCAGGAAAUAUGACUGACUGUCAUAAAAGGUCAAAUGAGACAUUGACCUUAUGCUUAGUACUCAUAAGAUACAAUUUAAGAAAUUGUUAUUUAGGCAACUUGCUCUCUGUUUUGGAAAACUGAAUAAUUCUACUUCUGCUCAGAAUCAUGGUGGGGAAGGGUGGGAACUUGGGCUCAGCUUUGUGGAUUCCUGGCAGCUUCCAAGUCAGGCCACUAGAAAGAGCUUGGGGUUUAUGUUUGCUUCCAUUCCUCCCUAAGCUGUGUAGCCUUGGAUAAGUCACACUUUUUUAGAUCUCAGUUCCCUCCUUUAUGAAAGGAGAGGAUUGGGCUAUAUGACCUCAUAUUGUUCUAGAAAAGCUUUAGUCAAGGUGGAUCAGUGAGCCUGGAUCUCUGGUAACAUCCAAGAUUAUUGUCUGUGAGUACUUCCAGUAAAGCUGUAUCUGUCACUCAGAAGUAACCUGAAUUGACUAAUGAUGAGUAAUAUAUAUAUAUUCUAGUACAAAUAAGGGGGAAAUAGCACAGGACUGGAAUUUAGUCUUGAUACUGCAAUUUCCUUGGUUUUGUGACCUGAGUUAUGAUACUUGCUGCCUGACCAAAUUUCCUCAUAUGUAAAGAGGAUUUGAUCUUCCAAUUUUAAUCCCUUGGGAAGUAAUGAAAAGUCAGUCUUUGCUUUUUUACAAGAUUAGCAGAUCAAGAAAACAUUUUAUUUAGAUUAAACAAGACACUAGACAAACUCAAUAUUUGUAUUGUCUUGGUCUGCAUAAGUGUAAGGAGUUUUUGAAGCAGUAUUGGUACCAAUGAAAUCAUAAAUCUGAAUUAGGGGGAGGGUAGUAUGGAUAAGAUUUGAGAGAGCUAGAUUGAGUUAUAUGUAUUGAGUUAUGUUUCACAGUUAUAUGAAAGAUCAUUAUCAAAGGCUAUCGAUAGAGUCAAGUUGUUUAAAGUUUGGUAAAAAGUAAAAAAGUGCUAACUGAUAAGGCUUUACCUUGGUCUUUUUAUUUCCAA